GUCUUUUAUAACACAAGCUAUACUUUUGCAAUUGUUGUAUAGACAUUUAUUUUUAUUUGAGGUGCACUACUAAUAUUUUAUACUAAAUGUAAUACUUAACUGCUAAAAUAAAUGCUCACAAUCUUUCUUUGUUACUGUUACUUUCCCCACCAAUUUUGCAGUGUGCUGUUUUAACCAUUUAAUAGCCAUGGUUAUAGUUUGCAAUAGUCUACAUUUCAAGGCUACUGUCUCUGCUCUAGCCUUACAAAUUAUAUUACCCGUUUCUUCCCCAUUAUAUUUUUAAACUCUGUGGGGAUUUGCAGGGAGGGGUUAAGGGGGUUCCCUAGCUCGUGUUUUUCUGUCAUGUUAGAUCGUGAUUCCUACAGCGGACAGCUCGCUUACUCACCAGAUCAGCCAUUGGGGUCACCAGUGUGGUCAGACAUCACCGGUGUGGUGCUCUACUCUGUUCAAUGAUGAUAACAGUCGGUUACAUGUGUGUGUUCCCUCUGUGCGCUGCCCCGGCUCUGCGCAGAUAGCUGACACAGCAGACUCCGAGAGAACCGCCAAUGGCCACAGACUCUGAUAAGAUUACCUUGUCUUCUGUGCACUGGGAAAUGAGAGUCUGGAACCUGCUCCCAGUCAGUAAACUCUUGACAGUGGACUGGACUGCAGCUGUGCUAAUAAGCUAUGGCCAUCGUGGUGAGCAUUUUUCUAGUUCUCCUUUGGAGAAUGAUGGCGUUUCAGGCAAACUUACUGCAAGCUAAAGGAAUUCAGGUUCUCCCACCUGUUAACUUCACUCUCACAGUCUCUGCACUAGCAGAAGUACUUUUGCAAUGGAAACCAAACCCUGAUCAAGAAAAGAACUACACUGUUGAAUACAACGUGGAAAUUAUGACUCCUGAGUGGGAACCGUAUGAGACAAAGAAAACUUGCAGUACCCGUACAGCUGUGCUUCAUAAUGGUUUUUCUGCACGUAUUCGGACAUUGCUUCUCUAUAACAACUCGCAAAUAGAAAGUAACUGGGUUACAGCUAAACUUCAAGCUCCACCAGGUGCUGUUGAGACAUCAGUUACUAAUUUAUCCUGUGUGAUUUACACGGCCAUUGAUAAUACUGCAUCUCUUCAUUGCACCUGGCUUGCUGGCAAAGAGGCACCAGAAGAUACAAAAUACUUUCUAUUUUACAGGUAUAAUAGCUACACUGAAGAAUGCCAAGAAUAUAGUAAAGACAAAUGGGAAAGAAAUAUUGGUUGUCGAUUUUCAAACACUUACAUAAAGACUAGUGAAACUGACGAAGUCAUCGUAAUACACAUUAAUGGGUCAAGCAAGUACACUGCAAUCAAAUCUUUUGAACAGUUAUUUAAUCCACAAGCCAUUGAGAAAGUGAAUCCUCCCAGAAAUGUCACCGUGUUUUUAAAACAAAACAACCUCCUGAUCAUCUGGGAAAUGCCAGCUUCUUCUUUCCCAGAGGACUGUUUUGAAUAUGAACUGAACAUCUACAACUGGAAGAUGGAUUACAGACAGAUACUGGAAACAAUGUUAAAUAGUUUCAGUUUAAGUAUUGAUGACACCUGCAGAUACUCCAUACAGAUAAGAGCUAAUCGUCAAUCAUGGUGUAGUGAAGGAAUUUGGAGUGAUUGGACUGAACCUCUCCAUAUUGGAAAAAACCAGCCAAGGACUCCAGUAGACUCCAAGGCCUACACGGUUCUCGUUGCUCUUCUAGUAUUCAUAUGUUCCGUGGCAUUGCUUACUGCUAUAAUAUGCAGAAAGUGUCACUUAUGGAGCAGACUAUUUCCACCAAUUCCAACACCCCAUAACAGUUUAAAAAAUCUGUUUUUAAAUAAGAGCUAUCAGAGAACACAUAACUUUACCAGUGAAACGGAAACAGAAAUUGGAAGUUGCUGUGAAGAUCUUGGAAGUUAUGUUGAGGACCUUUCUUCGGAUGUCCUUGAAGAUUCUUGUAAUAUGAACUAUUAAUCCAUUCAUGAGCUUGAAAUUAACAGGAGUGUUACUGCAAGUGACAGCAGUUUAGAUUGGAUGAACCUUCAGAUCAUACCAUCAUCAGUGCUUCAAACGUAGAAAAAUGUGUUGCUUCCAAGAGGUGAAGUUGCUUAAUAAAAAGUGACAUUUGUAUGUGUUAGCUUGUAAAGAAAAAAGUGAGUACGUUCUGUGAUGCUCUGUACCUCGAGGGGACACUCUACACCCCCAUGUUCAUCUUUAUAAAAUGAUUAUGUGGUAUCCAAUGCAAAGUUUGUCAUGUUGGGUGUCUUUGGAAGGCUCAUGAUGCACUGAGCAUGGUUGUUAUAGUGAUGUUACAAUAAGGUUAUAGGUUAUAAUUUCAUGUGUAUAUAGUUAUGAGGCUGAAAAUGUAUCCUCAUAGCUUAAAGCAAGCCUAUGCAAAAACUCUCCAAGAACAGACAGGCAGUUCACACCUCAUCAGGGCAUGGAUGGGACAAAUCCAGCCCAGCCUCACAGGAACAAUGGCAGCAACAAAAGAAUCUGUUAGACCCUCAAGAGAGUCACCCCUCUUCUUUUGGGCAGUUUAGGACUGCGAUGAGGUAAUGCUCACUUGACUCUGAAGGGAGGGGGGCAAAGCCAAGAGGAAAGAUAGAACAUGAUAAAAGGGAGAGAUAUUUUGCUAUGCUCUUUCUCUCUUCCAUCAACACCUACAGACACCACCACCACCAAGUGACUGAAGCGCUGAUCAAGAGGAGAACCUGACUGAAAAGCCAGUCUGUGGUGAGAAGCAUCUAAGUUUUUAAGGACAUUGAAAGUGUUAAGAUCAGCUUAGAAUGUGUUUUGCUUUUAUUUCAUUUGACCAAAUCUGACUUAUGCUUUGACUUAUAAUCAUUUAAAUCUACCUUUAUAGUUAAUAAAUCUGUUUGUUUAUUCUACCUGAA